ACGGACGCUCGGAAAGGGACAAUUCGUUAAAACAGCAGGUUUAACGGCAUUUCGGAGGAGAACCGAGCGGGUCCGGGCGCGCGGGCACGCGACGCGCCGCUCCUCCGUCAGACGUGACGUCGCCGGUUCCCCCGCUGAAAAACUCAACUCGGCCCCAACUUUUUCUGCACGGGAGAGAAAAAAAAAAGAAGAAGAAGAAAAAAAACACAACAACAACACACUCUGGGAGCCAGAAAUAGUCUCUCUGUGACCGGGAGCAUCGGAAUGUGCGGACCUUUGCUCUCCGACGCCUCAUCCCGCCGUCGAAAUGUUCCCGCAGUUGCGUCUUCGCGUCGACUCGGUGGCUUUUGUGGCGAUUGUUUGCGUAACUGUCCUGUUGGGGCAAAGCUGCGCGUGUGAAACCGAGGAGGACGAUGAGGUGCUGGAGGAAAAACAGCUCAUGGAGUUAUACAGAAAAGGUCUGUUCAUCCUGGAGAGCGAGCCUCUGAAGCGCUGCAUCAAGGCGGACUGCUCCAACCUGGUGCUGGAGGACUGCGAGCGCCCGACGCGCCGCAUGCUGUGGAAGUGGGUCUCCCGACAUCGCCUGUUCAAUCUGGGCACCAGCACCUGCCUGGGGCUCAACAUUUCGGACACGACGCAGCCUCUCGGCACGUUCGAGUGUGACAUGGACCUCCCGCUGCUGUGGUGGCGCUGCAGCAAGAACAUGCUGUACGGGGCGUCGCAGUGGAAAGUGGCAGUGGCUGGACGCCUGGUGGUGGUGAAGAAGAACGUUUACCACGAGUGGAAAAGGUACAACAGUCCAAGAGAGGGCCCCUGUUCAUAUCCAUAUGAAGAAAUACACACUUUGUUGGGAAAUGCACACGGGAUGCCCUGCACCUUCCCUUUUAAAUACAACAACAAAUGGUACUACGAGUGCACUACUGAGGGCCGUGAGGACCAUCUCCAGUGGUGCGCUACCACCACUCGCUAUGAUGAGGCUGAGAGAUGGGGCUUCUGUCCGGUGCCAGACUCCAGCUGUGACCGAUUCUGGGAGUCAAACCAGGAGCUGCAGGCGUGUUACCAGUUCAACCUGUAUACCAUCUUAACCUGGAGUCAGGCGCUGUCGACCUGCCAGGCUCAGGGCGGAGACCUGCUCAGCAUCACCAGCCUGGCCGAGUACAGGUACAUCAGAGAUCGGCUGGCGAGCGUUGGAGCAAUGGUGUGGAUCGGGCUGAAUCACCUGAAGGACGGACAUGGAUGGCAGUGGUCUGAUGGAGCACCUCUGACUUUAGUGAAUUUCACUGGAGCUCUCCCCGUCAGCCCGCUGCAAUUCGACAAGCAGUGCGGCGUGUACAACUCGGCGUUACGCGGUCACUGGCAGAGUCUGUCCUGUGAGUCUGCUCUGCCGUACAUCUGCAAGAAGACGCCCAACAACACCCGCAGAGCCGAGCCUCUCGAGAACUGGCAGUAUACUCAUACGGAGUGCGCAGACGGCUGGCGGCCUCAUAACGGUUUCUGCUACAGGGUGCUCUCAGAACCAGGGGGAGGCACCUGGGAGGAGUCGUCCCGGGCGUGUGGCGCUCUGGGCGCAAACCUCACAAGCAUCCACUCCUUGUCUGAAGUUGAGAUGCUUCUUAACAUCCUGGCAAACUUUUCUGGAGACAGUGCGGAAGUGUGGAUUGGUCUUCGGAAGCCGCCGUCGCAUGCAGCCGUGGAGUGGUCCGACGGCUCACCUGUGACUCUCACCCCGUGGCGCCAGUACCACCCCCGUCAUCCUGUGCUCGACACGGCACUGUGUGUCAGCGUGGACACAACGAAAGGCACCUGGCUGUUGACCUCAUGUGAGAAACGUUUGCCUGCCGUGUGCAGAAGACAGAGCAGCGACCCUGUUGACCAUGGUGCCACCUGGGAUGAGGGUUGUCCACAGGGCUGGAAGCGAUAUGGCCAUUCCUGCUACAUGGUUACAAGUCAUGAACAGAGCUUUGAGUACGCUCAGAUGGGCUUUUACUGCAAAUCUCCGCUCCUCACUGUGGAAAACAGGUUCGAGCAAGCAUUUGUCAACAGUUUGCUGAAUGAGAGAGGCGCCAACAGCAGCACGUCCUACUGGAUCGGUCUCUCUGACACCAAAUCCAGCGGAGAGUACAUGUGGCCCCAUCACAACGACUCCUUUUUGCCGCUCACCUUCACAAACUGGAACAAACACCAGCCAGUCAGCGCUGGCGGCUGUGUGGUUUUGUCCGGCGGACCCGCCCUGGGGCACUGGGAGGUGAAAGACUGCAAAUUGCACAAGGCUUUGUCAGUCUGCAAGCAGAGCGUCAGCAGUUACCAUGAUGUUGAGCUGCCGCAGCACCACAUCGAUGCCUACGCCCCCUGUCCUGCAGGAUGGGAAUCACACUCCGGCCUGCUGCACUGCUUCAAGGUGUUCCACGAUGAGAAAGUCUUGAUGAAGCGCUCCUGGGUGGAAGCAGACUUCUUCUGCCAGGCCCUGGGAGCCCAGCUGGCCAGUUUCCAUCACUAUGAGGAGCAGGUGUUUGUUAAGCAGCUCCUCAGUACCAUGUUUGAAGGAACAGAGGGUCGCCAUUUCUGGGUGGGUUUAAAUAAGAGAGACCCUGAAUAUCUUGGCUCCUGGGAGUGGUCCGAUGGUUCCCCUGUAGUGAUGUCCUUCAUUGAAGAUAGGAAUGACGAGGAUGACAGGAGGGAGUGCGCCGUGUUCAGUGACCUGACCAACACCGUCAUACCUCAGCCCUGUGACGCCCAGCACGAGUGGAUCUGCAAGGUGUCCAGAGGUGAUCAACUAAAAAAACCCUACUGGUACACAGAGCAGAGCGAGCCCUGGGUGUUUUACCGCGGAGCUGAAUACCUGCUGGCCAAGCAGCCGUUUGACUGGGACGCCGUCUCUCUGGCCUGUCAGAUGAUGGGAGCCCACCUGCUGUCCAUUCACUCCAGGGAGGAGCUGCAUUUCAUCAAGGAUCGUCUGCGGCGGCUCUCCCUCGGCCCCACUGACUGGUGGAUCGGUCUGACCGUCGGAGCCCCGGGAGAGGACGUCAGGUGGAGCGAUAAGACGACCAUAGAAUUUGGUAACUGGGCUGAGGGGAGCACCGCUGACGACGGCCUCAGCAGAAACAGGAUGUGUGUCACCAUGUCCUCUUCAUCGGGCAAGUGGUCUUUCAGCAAAUGCAGCGAUCUUCAUGGGUACGUGUGCAAGAGGAGGACUGUGUCUGUGGUGGAGACCCCCAGAGAGCCGCACUACAUCGGAGGGUGUCCAGAGAAGUGGCUGUACUUUGGACACAAGUGUCUACUGCUUCAUCUCCCUGACAGUCCAAAGGACGGAAAGAGUUGGAAAGACGCCCAGUCUAUUUGCUCCUCAUUUGAAGGCUCGCUCGUUGCCAUAGAAGACGAGAUCGAACAAGCUUAUAUCACCAUGUUGCUCCAGGGGAGCGCCGUCGGCGUGUGGAUUGGUCUGUGGGACGAGGACUCCUUGAAAUGGACCAAUGGAAAAGCAGUCAGCUACACCAACUGGUCUCCAGUCGAACCAAAGAACUAUCACACUGAGGACGAGUGGCUCAGUGGAUUUGUGGAUGAGCCUCUCUGCACUGUUUUGUCCAACAACCAUAACUUCCACCUGACUGGGAAAUGGUACGAUGAGAAAUGCAGCGAGAGUGGGUACGGCUUUGUUUGUCAGAAACCUCAAGACACGUCCAAACCUCCUACACACUCCUAUCACCACCCUCUGCCUGAAAAUAUUGAGUACAGGAGCCGCAGCUACAAGGUCGCGUCAGGCAACAUGAGCUGGUACGACGCCAUGCACGCGUGCAUCGAGAGUGACUCCGACCUGGUGAGCGUUACAGACGCCUACCACCAGGCUUUCCUCACCGUCCUCGUCAACAGACUUUCAGCCCCCCACUGGAUCGGACUGUACAGCCAAGACAGUGGCAUUAAUUAUCAGUGGUCAGAUGGCAGCGACACGGUGUACACGCACUGGGACGCAGCAGAUGACGAGGACGACUUUGUGGCCGGAGAGUGUGUGUACAUGGACGUGAACGGAGGCUGGCGCCGAGCGGACUGCGAAACGCGGCUGACGGGAGCCCUGUGCCACGUUCCUCCACCGACCAACAAGCCCUUCGUCUCGUAUGAGCUGGCGUGUCCGUCCACUUGGGUGAAGUUUGGACACGGCUGCUACAACUUCGAGCCCAUUGUGGAGAAACUCACGUUUGAAGAGUCGAGAGAACACUGCAGGCAUAAAGUCAACACUUCAGACGUCCUGACCAUCGAGAGCGAGACCGAGAGCCGCUUCGUCCUGGAGCAGCUCUGGACGCUGGGGUUUUUCCACCAGACCUUGUGGUUGGGGAUGUACUUCAACAUCGAUACUGAUUCCCUGGCCUGGGUGGACGGUUCACCAGUGUCAUACACCAACUGGCCCGGCAGAGCCCCGGACCCCGGCCUGCUGACUGCAGACGCCUGUGUUUCCACCAGGGUGGACGACGGCGCGUGGCACCUGGCGCAGUGCACCGAAAGGCUGGGCUUCAUUUGCAAAACCGUGUCAGAUGUAAUUACAGAGGUGGAGGCCAAGCCGCUAAAUGGUUUGCACCGCGGCGUCAUCGUCGCCGCCGUCCUGGUGGCCGUGCUGAUAUUUGCCCUGCUGGCGGGGGCGAUGUGGUUUCUGUACAGGAGGAACUCCACGCGUUUCCGUGGACUCCCGACGCUCGGCAGCGCCUACUACAGGCAGACUGGCUCUCAGACCGCAGAGUCCGACGGAAACGUGCUGAUCACCGACCUGGAGGCUCACUCGGGGGAGUAGCGCCCGGCGAGUCCCUCUGCUGCUCCUGACGUCUCUCUGCUCGUCGUCCAGCCUCAGCUUCGGUCUGGCCGUCAGGCCCGGAUGCCACAGGACACUGUGAAGCUGUGAUGCUGACUCCUCAGGACAAUAGUGGGAUGGUGAAGGCAAACAUUUCAGAUCUCACCUGUUGGAAGGAUUCCAGUUUCUCUGUUGAUGUCUGAAUUACUGAAGCGAUGACGAACCACGUCCCAAAAUACUGAGUUUAAAGCCGAGUGAGAAAAUUUUGCUUAGAUUGAAGAAAAGAAGCAGAUCGUUAUGUUGGUUAGAUACGGUAUUGAACGUUUAUUGUGUGUUCUCAUCUUUCAUCCUUGGGAUUUGUUUAGAAAUCAACUUUGAAAAGCAUUGAAGAAAAAAAAACUUUUCUAUUUAAAAAUAAAACAGGUGAAGGAAAAGUCUGACAAUUUUGUACACAUCAGACAAACUUAAUGCCCUGAUCAAGAGGCACAUGGAUGACCAAAUAGAAAUAUGGACUUUUUUGCAGUUGUCAGUAUUAUUUUGAUAUUUUUUAUUUCAUUGUCUUACAUUAAAUGCUGUAUAUUGAUACAAGAGGUGCCUGUAUUUUCAGAAAUAUCUGAAGAUGUGUAAGGUCUGACCGAUGGAUUAAUUUUUUAGUGUAAUCUUACUAGAGUUAUGGAAACAGAAAACAAUAGUUUUGUUUGCUGAUGCAAAACAAAUUAAGGGAAUUGUUUGUUUUAUUAAAGUGAUUUUAGGUUGAAUCAUUUAAGUUUCAAUGCUCAGUUGUGCUGUGUAAUAUGGAGGACAACAUGUCCUGUUUGAUGGUCCAAUUCAGUCUGUCUGCCGCUUGUUUGCUUAAUAUUUCACUCAUUUUUCCGCUGUAUGGACACAAUUCAGCAAAGGUAAAAAAAACCCCACCCCAUCCACACAUAUCUUGUCUCCAUGCUUUUUCCAUAAUAUUGUCACGCCUUGAGUGUCGGAUGAAAAAAACACCAUGACAGCAGGUAUUCAUCAACACACUGUUACACCUUUAACCAGUUUUGAGUUCAUUAAA